AAGAGGCCCACUCUAAGGAAGCCCUUCUGAGGGAAACCUGCAUCAUGUUGUUGUGUGGUAACCAUGACAACAUCAUCGGGCUGAAAGGCAUCUGUUUUAGAGAUGGACCACUCCAACUGGUGCUAGAAUACGCAGAGCAAGGAUGCCUCCUGCACCUGCUGUGGACGUUACGUGCGGAGUCCAAACUCAACAGGACCGUUCUGGUCAACAAACGGCACAUCUUCGAGAACAUGAUGGUGGAAGUGUGCUGCGGCCUGGAGCAUCUGGCAAGCAUGAAGCUUGUUCACCGAGACAUCGCGGCCCGGAACAUCCUGAUCUGUGGGAAGGGAACCGCCAAGAUUGCGGACUUCGGGCUGGCCCGGGACAUGUACGCUGUGGGGUACCAUCGGCAGGACGGGGGCAAUGAUCUCCUGCCACUGAAGUGGAUGGCACCGGAGGGCCUGAAGAACGAGGCUAGGUUCACCCACAAGAGUGACGUCUGGUCUUUUGGGGUUCUGUUGUGGGAAGUAGCGCAGCUGGGCCGCAUGCCUUACUCUGGAAUAGAGACUGCAGAAAGUCUGUACGAUGCUUUGCAGAACCACUUCAGACUCCCCAAGCCCCAGAUGUGCACAUACCAAAGGUAUGACCUGAUGAAGCAGUGCUGGAAGUUUAACGAGAAGAACAGGCCAGAGGCAACAUCAAUCAGAGAGCAACUGGAGGCAGACCCCAAUGGCUUCUUCUACUUCAACCAAGCUCCUUGCUUUCGCGCACUUGUUGCAGCUGCUGGGGCCGCAAUCACGAUGGUGUGAGACCAUAGUAGACGUAAAGACAAACUCGGCUGUCCAAAUGAGUCCGAAAUACUGCAUGGAAACCAAAUGCUGGAUGUCUUACCAUGGUCUAUAUAACUGCCAUUUGUGCAAGAUAUAUUGAUAAUUAGGUUUAGUGUGUUGUCUAUUACUGUAGUAUAUAGUAUAAGAUGUAACUU